AUGGCGUGGACCGAGCCACGGUCGCGUCCAGACCCAGAUCCAGAACCAGAACCAGAACCAGAACCAGAACCAGAAUCCAAACUGACACCUUACAAUCUAAGGACUCAAACAUCAGCCACAACUCUUCCAUCAACCAUUCCUCCGCUCCAGCCUCCAGUUGUACUGCCCCUCCUCGUCCUCCUGCUCACUGCCUUUGCCGACCUCUGUGCAGCUGGUCCACCGCAGCCGGCCCGCCCCCCCCUCCUGUCCGGACAGCCUUUUAUCAUCUUCUGGGGCAUCCCCGACUCUUCCUGCCCCGGUCGGCCAGACGUCAGAUCUCUGGGGAUGGAGCGUGAGGGCCGCGUGGCCGUCUUCUACGAGGACACUCUGGGGAACUACCCUUACUUUGUGGACAAGGACACUCCGGUCAACGGGGGGGUGCCGCAGUACACGCGCCUGGACAACCACCUCCAGAAAACACAACAGGACUUGGAGGCGGCUUUACCCGCCCCGAGGUAUCUGGGGUUGGGGGUGCUGCGGUGGUCAGAGUGGGCCCCCCAGUGGUCCAGGAACCGAGAGAAGAAGACGAUGUAUCUGGAGGCGUCGAGGAACCUGCUGAAGGCUUUCUUCCCUAACUGGACCCCAGAGGAGGUGGAGAGGUGGUCACAGGUGGACUUCGAGGCAGCAGCCCAGUCAGUCAUGACGGAGACACUACGAGAGGUCAAAAGGUUACGGCCCAAAGCAUUAUGGGGCGUCUCCCCUUACCCCAGCUGCUACAGCGGCGACCCCGCCCAAACCACGUUAGCCAAUUACACCGGCCAGUGCCCCCCUGCAGAGAUGACCCUCAACGACGAGCUCCUGUGGCUGUGGAAACGAAGCUCCGCCCUCUACCCCCUCCUCACCCUGGAGAAGCUGCAGGGGGGGACGGCUGGAGCCAGGCUUUAUUUAUCCAGUCUAAUAAGAGAAGCACUACGAGUGUCCUCUCUGCCUGGGACGGCGUUUGAUCUUCCUGUGUUCCCAUUGGUCAAGAGCGUCUAUGCCUCAACCAACACGUUCCUGUCACAGACAGACCUGGUCAGCACCAUCGGAGAAAGUGCUGCCAUGGGAACGGCUGGAGUCGUCAUCUGGGAGAGAAGUGAGACUAAGACGGAGAGAGAGUGUCAGGACCUGGCAGAGUUUGUCCGCAAGGUCCUGGGACCCUACUCCAUCAACGUAACCACGGCGACUCGACUCUGCUCAGCAUCUCUGUGCCAGGGAAAGGGCCGAUGCGUCCGUCAGAACCCGGAAAGCUCCGCCUAUCUCCACCUCCCGCCCCCGGUGGACGUGGUGGAGAAGGUGACGGAAAAGGCAGAAGCAGCAAAAGCCACAGAUCAGCCGGACGCCGACACGAAACCAGCUGAACCAGCUGAACCAGCUGAACCAGACCCGGCCGAGAUGUGGAAGAAAGACUUCCAGUGUCAGUGGUACAAGACGGCAGACGGGGAAGUCGCAGACCAGCAGUCCCCCAAAGACGGAGCAUCUGUCGGGGGAACGGCAGAAGAAAACGCUGGAGAUGUGGCGGGAACUACGACCGCUUCCACAGUAGCUUCUGCAACAAAAGGAGCCUCAGUGCCUGAGCUUAGAGGAAGCAGUUCCCCAGGUACUGCAGGUCUCCUGGAGCUGCCCACAGACGGAGGCACACAUCCACUGAGUGCCCCCCACCUGACUGUCCUGCUGCUGCUGGUGGCUGGAAGUCGAUGCCUGGAACCUUAA